AGGCGGAUUUGGAGCCGGGAGGAUGAAUGGACCCCCGGGAAUCUCAUGCCUGGACCGGCGCGAGCGAGUUCUCAAGUUAGGCGACAGUUUCGAGAAGCAUCCACGCUGCGCCUUCCACACUGUGCGCUAUGACUUUAAACCUGCAUCAAUUGAUGCUUCUUGUGAAGGAGAUCUUGAAGUUGGCAAAGGUGAUCAGGUUACAAUAACUCUACCAAAUAUCAAAGGCUCAAUUCCACCAGUCACUGUCUUCAAAGGUUCCAAGAGACCUUACUUAAAAGAAUGCAUUCUAAUUAUCAACCAUGAUACUGGAGAGUGUCGACUAGAAAAACUCAGCAGCAACAUCACUGUGAAAAAGACAAGGGUUGAAGGAGGAAAUAAAAUUCAGUAUCGUCUAGAACAGCAGCAACAUCAACUGCAGAACUCAGCUCGGAUUUCUAAUCCUGUAAACCAUUCUUUAUUAGAAGACACAGUGUCACCAGCAUCUCCAAUGGAUGAUAUUGAAAGAGAACUGAAGGCAGAAGCUAGUUUAAUGGACCAGAUGAGCAGUAGCGACAGCUCAUCAGAUUCCAACAGUUCCUCCUCUUCAAGUAGUGAGGACAGCUCCAGUGACUCAGAGGAGGAAGAAGACAGGUCCUCUGCUUCGGGUCCGGUGAACUGUGUCUCAGGACGUCCUCCCAUGUCUGCCACACCUCAGCACAGGUCUUACGAUACAGAUGCUACUCACAAUAGAUUCCAUGACCGUGGUGGCCUUCUGAUGAGUACCUUACGAAAUGAUUUGCAGCUGAGUGAAUCAGAAAAUGACAGUGAUGACUGAACAACAUCUCCUUGUAAUUUGCAAGGCAUAGGAUCAUUUGUUUUGUGUUAAGAAUAAAAAUUCAUGUGACUAAAGCCGGGCGUGGUAGCACACGCCUUUAAUCCCAGCACUUGAGAGGCAGAGGUAGGAGGAUCACCAUGAGUUCAAGGCCAC